GCACCGCGUAUUAUUACCGAACUUAUUCGCAGAAUAUCGUCAAGAUGGCCGCCAAACAUAACUUCCCCAUGCUCCUGCUCGUAUCCCUGAUGGCUCUCGCAGCCAGCCAGGGUUCGGUUGAAAAAGAUUGUCCUGAGAAUUCUCAUUUGACAAUGAACCCCUGCGCGCCGACCUGUGAAGAUCCAGACCUGACACACACCAGCUGCGUAGCGGCAUUGCUCCCAACAUGCCACUGUGAUGAUGGCUUCUUGUUCGACAAAUCUGGAAAAUGCGUACCCGUUGAUGAAUGUCCAGACCAAGAGAGUGACUGUAUCAACUGAUUCCGACUUAUAAUAGGCAGCGGCUUGGCUCUGCUCCUGGCAUUGCUGAAGUCCAUGGGCGACGGUAACCACUUACAUCAGGU